AUGAAUUCCCGAACCAGUUUCAUCUCCCUGCUUAUCGUAGCGUUGAUAGUGUCUGCCAUCUCAUUUCCACAGGACUCAAAAAUGGUCUCAAUUGGUGAUGUGGACUCCUCGAAGCCAUCGCCACUUGUUCCCAGCUUGCGGAAAGCUAGGUAUUUCUAUCCUGGUUACGGUGGAUAUUACGGCGGAUACGGAGGUUAUCCAGGAGGAUACUAUCCUGGUGGGGGAUUCGGGCUGAGUCAAUCAAAUGCUGCAGCUAGCGCAAGUGCUAGUUCUGGAAGCUCUGGGCUUGGAAUUUAUGGAUAA